AUGAAGCGUGGCUCUGUGCUUCAGACAAGAUUUUACAGUAAAUCGGGCGUUCAAGUUUCGGAACGAAAUAAAGUGUUGCUUGUCAAGUAUUUCUACUCCCCCCUUACAUGUAUUGUGCUUUUUACAGGCAACCACACUAUUGCUGUACUGAAAACCUCUGAAGACUAUAAAAACCUGAGAAAUGGAUUGGCAAAUGUGACAUCAACUGUCAAUAAGCUAAUCGACGAUGGAUUUGUUGUAAUGAAUGGAAAGAAAGUAAAACUGCAGUUCUUCUUGGGGGGUGAUUACAAAUUUCUACUUCUUUCAAUGGGAAUGAAGGGGGCCAUCUCCAACAAUUCAUGCAUCUGGUGCUUGAUCCAUAAAAAAGACAGAUGCAACAUGGAUGUUCCAUUCUCUUAUUACCAGUCAUCGAACAUGAAAAGGACGCUGGGUCCAGAUUGGUAUAAGCAACCUGGAUGCCAGCAUCAGCCAUUAUUCAAGAUACCCCUCGACAACAUCAUUAUUGAUGAGCUUCACCUUAUGCUACGUGUGAUGGAUCGACUGGAAACAGGCCUAAUCCUCGAAGUUUUAGAUUGGGAUGAGGUAGAAUCAAUAUUUAUUCUCUUCACAAAUUUUGCUUUGAAAAAGGUUUAUGUAUGUUAUAUUUUGAUUGCCCUAGCUGAAAACAAAGAUAAAGCCCCAUCAGCAAGAAAGCCCAUCCACUUAGAUGCACUUUUAACCACAGUGCGCUCACUAGGAAUUACCCUCAAUGUAUGGAGACCGAAGGAAUCAGCAAGGAAAGUGGAAUGGACAUCUCUGCUGGGUGGAGAGAAGCGGUUACUCCUGAGAAAACUUCCCUGCAACUUUUCAAAAUUGCUACCACCAGAAAGGGCACCAGUUGUUCAAAAACUGUGGACAGGUUUCCAGGAGAUACUGGACCUAAUCAACAAAGAUGCCCACACUGAUAAUGAGGUUGAUGAAAUACAAGAUAAGACAUUAUUUCUGCACGAACAGACAUUCACUUAUCUUGUUUUCUUCACACAGGCUAGAAGAUGGGGUAGCUCUCUGGCAAGGAUGGCAGGAAGUGGACCCGGCUACACAAAUGAGACAAUCAUCACCCCAUACAUUCACAUCCUCGUUUAUCACGUCCCCACAAUGAUAAGAAACCAUGGUUCACUUAAGUAUUUCAGUGGUCAAGGAGUUGAGAAAAAGAAUGAUGAUUUCAGGCGGUUCUUCCAUCGGAAGAUAAACAGAUGGGAUGCAUGUACUAGUCUCCUGCUUGUUGAAAAGCGCACAAAUUUCUGGUGUGAUGGAGGCAAGCAAGAAUCGGCAAAGAAAGUGCCUCGGAUUUCAGCUGUAGAAAAACCAAGAGAAGAUGUCCUGACAACCCCUAAUGCCACUGAAGAUCCUCAGAAGAAGACCAUUACCCAGUCAGUGGAUGAGUUGAAAAAGCUGAAAAUUGGUGAUCUCAUUCAACUCCUUAACGAACUCAUAGGACAUAAACCUAGUCUUCCCAAAAAACCAAGGAAACCUGAUCUUAUUUCUAAGAUAACUGAGAUAGCCAAUCUAAGGUCAAACUAACUAAUAACCCUGGAAAAGAUCAAACACAAAUUUAAGUUUUAAGGGGAAAAUUUUUUGAACAAACAAAUAAUUAUUAUUGUACAGCAAUUCAAGUUUUAAAGCAAGAAAUAGGUAUUAUGAAAGAUAUGCUGUAAAUACAACAAUUUAGAAACAAGAAGUGACAUUAAGCUUAACUUCAAACACUUACGAUAUGUUUGAGGCAAGAACAAUCUUAAUGUACAAUCGUAGCUAUAUUAAUAAAAAGAGGUUGAAAAUAUUCUUGAAGAAAUAAUAUUCUUUUGUAACAAGUAGUCAAGAUCGAUUAAAUUUGAUUACUAGGCAAAGUAAGACAUUGCUCACUCACCUAAUCACUUUUCCAACUACUUUCCCAUUUAAGAUACAGCAAACAUUUUUAUAAAACAAGUUGUUAUUGUUUGACCUCAGAACACAGCAUACAUGUUCAUGUAACAAGAAAUUCUUAUUGUUUGACCUCAGAAUACAGCAGACAUGUUCAUGAAACGAGAAAUUCUUAUUGUUUGACCUCAGAAUACAGCAAAUAUGUUUAUCAAACAAGAAAUUAUUAUUGUUUGACUUCAGAAUACAGCAAAUAUGUUUAUCAAACAAGAAAUUCUUAUUGUUUGACCUCAGCAUAUAGCACAUAUGUUUCUGAAAAACGAAAUUAUAAUAAUUGUUUGACCUUAGAAUACAGCAAACAUUUUUAUGAAACAAGAACUUCUGAGUUAUUGUUUGACCACAGAAUACAGCAAAUAUGUUUAUGAAACAAAAAAUAAUCA